GGAGUAGUGGAGGUACCCUCUAGAUUUUUUGCGACAUCGAUUUUUUUGUCGCCGCGACUAAAAAUCGUAAGUGGAGGACUAGCUUACCCAAUAUCGCCACCGAACACGAUAUCGCAUCCGCUGCUGGUAGACACAGCAUAAAAAUAAAAGAAGAUCUGAGAGAGAGGAGUGAAAAUUUGAGAUGUGAGGUUACGGUUACGUUACGUUAGGGUUAGGUUACAUUUGGUUAUGCUAUUUUGGUUACAGUUACAAAAAGUUACAUCGUUACCGUUACAUUUUUAUGUGUUUUACCGUUUGUUAUUGUUUUUUAAACUAUGAAUUCUUCAAAAAUUUAUUCCGUAUUCACCUAUAGAAAUUUAUUUUGGAAAAGAAAAAAGUCAUAUUUUGGAAAGUACAAUGUUGUUUCUCCUGGUAAUGUUUCUCCAAUGUUAACUGUUCCAGAAGAAAUAGAAAAACCUAGUUAUUCUUCAUCUGGAAAACCUGGACCUUCACCUGACUUUGCAGAAAUAAAAAAUGUACAUCAGAUACACAAGAUGAUGGAUUCAUGCAAGUUAGCUGCAGAUAUUUUAAAAAAAGUAGAAAAUAUUAUUAAGGUUGGAAUUAAAACUGAUGAAAUUGAUAUAUUUGUUUUUAACUCAUGCUUAGCAAAUAACGCUUAUCCCUCUCCUUUAAAUUACAAUAAUUUUCCAAAAUCUGUAUGCACAUCAAUCAAUAACGUAGCUUGUCAUGGAAUUCCAGAUGAUAGACCAUUAGAAGAUGGAGAUAUUAUUAAUGUUGACAUAACGGUGUAUUACAAUGGAUACCAUGGUGACUGUUCAAAGACAUUUUUAGUUGGUAAUGUUGAUGACGAAGGAAAACAGUUAGUGGAAGCAACAAAAGUCUGUUUAAAUGAAGCCAUUAGCAUAUGCAAACCAGGUACUUAUUUCCGUGAUAUAGGAUUCUGUAUUCAAGAAAAAGCCGAAAAACUUGGAUUCCAGAUUAUACCAUCAUUUAUUGGACAUGGCAUAGGAAGUUAUUUUCAUGGACCCCCGGAUAUAUAUCACAUGAAAAAUAAUUAUCCAGGACGAAUGGAAUCAGGCAUGACAUUUACAAUUGAGCCCAUAUUAACACAAGGUGAUCAAUACAUUGUAAUAUUAGAUGAUAACUGGACAGCAAUUACAGAAGACAAUGCACGUACGGCGCAAUUUGAACAUACAGUGGCAAUUACUGAUACCGGUGUGGAAAUAUUGACUAAGUAAUAAAAUGAAAAAGAGUUUAACAGUGUUAAGAGUUUAACAGUGCUUAAAGAUGUGCGAAUAACAUCUUCCAUUUAAGGAAAAAAUUUUGUAAUUGGUUUAUUAUAAUCAUUUUAAACUUUUAGAUUUACCAUAUCUAACGAUAAUCACGGUAAUCCUUGUGAAUUAAUAAAAUAUAAAUUGUUAUACCUAUUUGCUAAUAAAUAUGAGUGUGUCAUUUAA